GGCACGGGCCACCGGGUACUCGCGGCUGGCCUAGUGUUGCGCUGCCUCCUGUCGGGUGCGGAGGUGACCGAAGGCUCAGACGCGGUGUGUGUAAUAUUGACGGGCUGAGCAUAAGUCGUGACCAGGAACGGACCAGAGGACUCGCCGCCUCCGCCGCCAUGAACAACUACAACUCGCAGGCAGCAACGGACGUGGUCGCCAUGGACAUUCACCAGCCCGACCACAUGGUGUCCUUUGGGAAGAAGAAGGGCUGCUACAUAAGCCGGAGUGUGUCGCUUCUCCUGGCCGUCUUCUUCCUCAGUGGGAUGGUCGCCACGGGCCUUCUCGUCUACUACUACGCGCCGCAUGACGUGGGGGCCAAAGCACAGCAGAAGGAGACCAUACGAUAUACGCAGGCCAAUGAUAACACGAGAAAUGUUAUACCAGAAGUUAAUAAACCCUCCAAGAUCAGCACAACCACUACAACGUCAACAACUACAACGACUACAACAACGCCCAUGCCCACAACCACCACCACUACAACUACAACAACAAUGGCGCCAAAGGAGAAGAUGAAUGUGCGGUUGCCUCGCUCCCUCAAACCCAUGCACUACUUGGUCAAACUUCAGCCUUUAAUCAAUGGCAACUUCAGCAUCCUCGGCUACGUGGAGGUGGAGAUGGAGGUCCUGGAACCGACCUCCAACAUCACACUGCACAUCGCCGACAUCAUCACUUAUAAUGAUACAGUGAAAAUAAACGGAAUGGGGAAUGAAACCGCUCCUGGGAUUAAAAUGCAUGAAUACGACAACUACCGAGAAUUCUACAUCGCUCACCUGGACAGGGAGCUGCAGCAGGGAGAGAAGUACGUUCUGUCCAUGGAAUUCCUCGCUUACCUCAACGACCAGCUCCGUGGUUUCUACAGGUCCUCGUACAAGGACGAUGACGGAAAGGACAAAAUGCUUGCGGUAACACAGUUCCAAGCCACAUCUGCCCGCCGAGCCUUCCCUUGCUUCGACGAGCCCGGGCUGAAGGCAACGUUCGAGGUCUACUUAGGACGUCAGGAGAAUAUGUCGUCUAUUUCCAACAUGCCCAUCAUGGAAACUAUGCCUGUUGAAGGUCAGGAGGGCUGGUUCUGGGACCACUACGAGAAGAGCGUCCCCAUGUCCACCUACCUCGUCGCCUUCGUCGUCUCGGAUUUCGCGAACAUGAACUCCACUGUCAACGAUCAUGUUCUCUUUAGGGUGUGGUCGCGGCAGUCGGCCAUAGAACAGGCGGAGUACUCGAGGGACAUCGGUCCGGCGAUCCUCACGCACUUCGAGGACUACUUCGGCGAGCCGUACCCGCUCCCAAAGCAGGACAUGAUCGCUAUCCCCGACUUCUCUGCCGGCGCCAUGGAGAACUGGGGCCUCAUCACAUACAGAGAGACGGCCAUGCUGUACGACCCGGUGGUGUCCGGGCCCAGCAACAAGCACCGGGUGGCCCUGGUGGUGGCACACGAGUUGGCACACCAGUGGUUUGGAAACCUCGUCACUCCCACGUGGUGGACCGACCUGUGGCUCAACGAGGGCUUCGCUUCAUUCGUUCAGUACAUUGGCAUGGAUUACGUCGAACCCUCUUGGAAGGUGAUGGAGGAAUUCGUCGUCUCUCGACUCCAGAGGGUGUUUGCGCUUGACAGCCUCGAGUCAUCUCACGAGAUCAGCAUCCCUGUCGGCCACCCGGAUGAGAUCAGACAAAUUUUCGAUAGCAUAUCCUAUGACAAAGGUGAGGUAUUAUUGUUCCAUUGUUAUUGUUAAUAUUUUUAUUAUCAU